AUUUACACCCAGAUUAAGUCUACAAACAGUCCCUUGACAAACCUCUUUAUUAAUCCCAUCAUCCCCCAAACCUCCCUCCUGACAUAACUCUGUCUCUCCUCCAACUUCUCCCCCUCAACUUUUCUACCCUUCCCUGCCCAGCCUGCCCCACGAUUCAUAGUCAACUUCAUCUCUUCCCCGUGGACUGUCUCCCACCAUGUUUCCCUGAGCCUCCAAGGAGGGGGCUCAGGGGGCCCCAUGGCCUCCCAGCCCCUGUGGGCCCAUAGCCCCUGUGGGCCAGGGGAAGUGCCUCGAAAGCCCCAGUGCCGACGAUGGGCAACCGCACGUGGGAGGGCUGCCAUGUGGACUCACGCGUGGACCACCUCUUCCCACCAUCCCUCUAUAUCUUUGUCAUCGGCAUGGGGCUGCCAACCAACUGUCUGGCCCUGUGGGCAGCCUACCGCCAGGUGCGGCAGCACAAUGAGCUGGGUGUCUACCUGAUGAACCUCAGCAUCGCUGAUCUGAUCUACAUCUGCACGCUGCCACUGUGGGUUGACUACUUUCUGCACCACGACAACUGGAUCCACGGCCCUGGCUCCUGCAAGCUCUUCGGGUUCAUCUUCUAUACCAACAUCUACAUCAGCAUUGCCUUCCUGUGCUGCAUCUCUGUGGACCGCUACCUGGCUGUGGCCCACCCACUGCGGUUUGCCCGCUUGCGUCGUGUCAAGACAGCCGUGGCUGUGAGCUCCGUGGUCUGGGCCACAGAGCUGGGUGCCAACUCAGCACCCCUGUUCCAUGACGAGCUCUUCCGAGACCGCUACAACCACACCUUCUGCUUUGAGAAGUUCCCCAUGGAAGGUUGGGUGGCCUGGAUGAACCUCUACCGGGUCUUUGUGGGCUUCCUCUUCCCAUGGGCUCUCAUGCUGCUGUCAUACCGAGGCAUCCUGCGGGCUGUGAGGGGCAGCGUGUCCACUGAGCGCCAGGAGAAAGCCAAGAUCAAGCGGCUGGCCCUCAGCCUCAUCGCCAUUGUGCUGGUCUGCUUCGCACCCUACCACGUGCUCCUGCUCUCGCGCAGUGCCGUCUACCUGGGCCGCCCCUGGGACUGUGGCUUUGAGGAGCGUGUCUUCUCAGCAUACCACAGCUCGCUGGCCUUCACCAGCCUCAACUGUGUGGCUGACCCCAUCCUCUACUGCCUUGUCAAUGAGGGUGCCCGCAGCGACGUGGCCAAGGCCCUGCACAACCUGCUCCGCUUCCUGGCCAGUGACAAGCCCCACGAGAUGGCUAAUGCCUCACUCACCCUGGAGACCCCACUCACCUCCAAGAGGAACAGCAUGACCAAGGCCAUGGUGGCUGGCUGGGUGGCAGCUCCGCCCUCCCAUGGGGACCAGGUGCAGUUGAAGAUGCUGCCUCCAGCACAGUAAACCCAACUGGUGCGGAGCCCCCCAUCCUCAAAGCUCAUCCCACAGUCCUUUCUCUCCUGGUCUGGUGUAUGCAAAUAAGUCUGUGUUAAUAGUUAUAAGAAUACAAGAAAACAGAAAAAGAGUGAG